AUGCCGAGGCGGCACUUCCAGGCCGACCUCCAAAAGGCCGUGGAUGGCGUCUCGAUCGCGGGCAUCUCAAAUGUACGCGCUGGUGGCGACGACGGCGAGUUCACAUUCAUGUGCAUUGCAGACGGCGAGCAAUUGGAGAUCUCAGCCUUGGUUCCAGAAGUAUCCGACUACCCCACUAGCCAUACUUGCAUGAUCUUCGGUGCCGACAAUGCCUCUGCUAAUGUCGCUGCUGCCCUCAGCGACAUCGCUGAUGCUGCCUUUGGGAAGACCGUUCCUCAGAUUCUUGAGCUAGUUUCUACUAGACUGGAAUCAACCGACCGCGAUGGCGACCAGCAGAUGCUCGACUCACAGGAGUUUGACGAUUUCGACGAGGAAGACGAGGAAGACGACGAAGAAGAAGACGAGUAUUUUCCCGGUGACGAAGACAUGAUGCCAAAGCCACAGCUCGCAAACGGUAGUAGCGCAUUCCAGGGUGGUGGCCAUACGGAAGCUACAUCUGCCUUCCGACAACGAAUCCGGAGUGAUCUCUUAAUCGCCAAGAGUGAAGGAUUCAAGGUUGGACAUCUUGGAGGCUUGAUGGACGGCCUUGGUUGUUUUGUCUCUCUCUCUAUCCGCAUGUCCAAACUCGGCAUCUCGGAAGAGGCUAUGCAAGCAUGGCAAAUUGAGCCGACAGAGUACCUCGUCGCAGUCUUUCAAUAUUCGUCAGGAUACAAGAGCAUGGACGACUUGAGGUCCUACGAUGCGCAGCAAGCUCGACGAAACUUCGGCAUCCGUGUCGGCGUUUGUACGACAUAUAAGCCAACAAUGCAAGAAGCGAUAUCAGCUUUCACAAUCUUGAGCAAGGAUGAGGAGAAGAAACGGGAAGAUUCGCAAGGCGACUCCCAGAGUAUCUCGUCAGGACUUCCGAAAGGCUUUCGAAACUCAUUUAUCUCACGACCUCUAAACGAGCUGUUAGAGCAGCGCUUCCACAUGCUCCUAAAGUAUCGUUACGGAGGCAUGCCAUGGCAAGGCUCUGAGUCAUUUUACAACGACCAGAUCCUGAACGCAUCACAUACAGAUCAGGAUGCAUCGCACGACAAGUACUACGAAGACGAGCGGGUUAGUGAUGCAUGGCCAAAGAUUGUUACCGAUGACCACAUUACCUCUUCAGUUGGCCAGGAGCACUCCCUACCUCUUGUAGGGAUGCAAUUCGUGCUACGACAUUUUGUUCGAUGUACUGAGUUCUGUCUGAUCUGCUUCAGUAGGAUGCCAGACGACCUACAAGCGAUCAAGCCUUACGUCUGCGACAACCCGCUAUGUCUAUAUCAGUAUAUGUCACUAGGCUUCGGCCCAAGUAUUGAGCAUGAGAUCUUAUCACAGCCGAAAGUUGUUGACCUGCUCGUCAGCUUCUGUUACGCUAGUGCGCGUGGCGGCAGGCUUAGGGAAUUCCCUACCGGUCUCAGCCUGGCCGUUCCACCUCCAGUGUCUAACGAUAAGGAUUAUGUCCCGGUUCAACUACCACGAACCUGGGCGUCCCCUGCCGACACUGCACAACCAGUACCUCCGCAAGCCAGUGAGCCACCACCAGCCGCCUUGAGAAUGCGAUUCAAAGCCGCCUCUCUUGAGAUGCUAUUCGAUGAUGCGAGGCAGACCUGUCCUGUAUCGAACGGCCAGUGGAUCGUGAUCCGAACAGACGAUAACCCAACCAAGACGCUACAUUGUCGCGUGAUUGAUGCGUCACUUUACCCGGCUGUGAAGGUGUCAAGUCCUGUCAUCCCAGUGAUUGGAGGAGGAGUUCCGAACGAUCCAUACGCUAUGUCACGCCCAGCUUCAUCGCAACAGCAGAAGGUAUCGGCUCCACCACCAGAUUCAGACACGGAGUUCAGAUCUGCAAGCUUUUAUAUCUACAACCAGAAUUUCGAUGACUUGAGUACCCUAGAGAAGCCGCAGGCUAUCGCGGCGCUGCUUGAUCUCUUACCACCUGUUCAAGAGAUGAGGAAGUAUCUUCUGCGGAAGUCACAGUCUACCUUGAAUACUUGGGUUGAUCGUCUAUCCCCCGCUGUUCUUGGGAUACUACGCUGGGUAAUCGCGUCAAAUCGGGCUUGCAUUCUACAGGUCGACAGCGAAGAAGACGCAUCAAAUGGUCGUAGUUCCGAAGAGCGUCUAUAUGGUAUGGCAGGUUGGGCGCAGUUCCGGUUUGCAAUGGGUGCUCCUGACAAGGAGCGCCGAUUUAUCCAUGCCGUGCAAGAGACGACCCAGCGACUUAGCCUCAAAUAUCCCACUCUAUUCGCAUGGCAUGGCAGUCCUAUUUACAACUGGCACACCAUCAUUCGAGAGGGACUUCACUUCAAGGAAACUGCCCACGGUCGAGCCUAUGGACAUGGUGUUUACCACGCUCCUGAUGUUCAUACUAGCUUGGGCUAUUCCGCAUUCGGUGGCAUUUCCUGGACGAUGAGCGAGCUGAAAGUCCAACAGACUUUGGCUCUCAAUGAAAUUGUCAAUGCUCCGGCAGAGUUCGUGAGCCAAACUCCGCAUCUAGUGGUUGCUCAGCUCGAUUGGAUCCAGACACGAUAUCUCUUCAUUAAAUCACGCGAAGACACUGCAGCAACCACAGAGCCGGGCAACAAGCCGCUUCUAUGCGUGGAGCAGGACCCAAGCCGCACGCCUCGUGGUGUAACGGGUAAUCUCGUCAUACCGCUGCAUGCUAUUGCUGCCUCUCGACGUCCUAAGGCGAAGGCUACUCGGGUAGAUGACGCCCUACCUACAAAUGGACCUUGGCUGACAGAUGCGCAGAAACACAAGCGGCAGAAAGCUUCUGGAAAGACGCAGUACGAUCCCAUUGAGAUUGAACACGACGACGACGGAGCCAGUGUUGCCACUCUCGAUGAAGACCGCAUUAUUUUCGAGGCUGAUGACGAACACAAGUCGGCGCAAGAAGUUAACCCUCUUCCCACACCAAACUCUAUUAUGGGCGACAAGGGCAAAUCGAAGAUGGUCUCGAUAGCGUCGUUCUCGUCGAAGAUCUUUGGCAAGUCAUCAUCUAGCAAGCCUCUCACCGACUACGUCCCUGGCACCCUGGAUUACACAAAGCUGCCGAUGCUUCAGAUGCCUGCAUGGGCAACAACUGCUGCUACCAGGCGUUUGAUGAAGGACUUCAAAGACAUCAUCGAUAUCCAGAACAGGGAGCCGCCGCACGAACUCGGCUGGCACAUCGACGAAGACAAGAUGGACAACAUCUACCAGUGGAUAGUGGAACUGCACUCAUUCGAUUCCACACUGCCACUUGCAAAAGACAUGAAGAGCAAGGACGUCAGGAGCAUCGUUUUGGAGCUGCGUUUCGGUAAGGACUACCCCAUGAGCCCGCCAUUUGUCCGUGUCGUUCGACCUCGCUUCCUCGGCUUCCAACAAGGUGGAGGUGGUCACGUCACCGCAGGUGGUGCCAUGUGCAUGCAGCUUCUUACCAACGAUGGCUGGAGCGCGGUCUCCUCAAUCGAAUCUAUUCUUCUCCAGGUCCGCAUGGCUAUUUCUAGCCUGGAUCCCAAGCCCGCCCGUCUACAAGCAGGUGCCCCAAUGGACUAUGGUGUUGGCGAAGCGGUCGAAGCGUAUAUGCGUGCUUGCGCCGUGCAUGGUUGGACUGUCCCUACUGGCUUCAAGGAGAUGGCUUAUGGUGGAUCUAGCGCUGGGGAUAACAACCCAAUCUAG